AUAAAUCUGAGGUAAGCUCAACGGACCCUCUUUGUUGCAUUUCCUUCCCUUCCAAACUGUCAACGAAGGCUGACAGGAACACCAUCACGAUCCUAACAGUCAAACCCAGCUGCUUCCAUCUCUAAUCUCAAUUAUUUUACGUACCUAUUCAUGUCCGAUGGUUGAUUGAUCUUUGGUGCAUUUGUAUUUUUCCCCAGUCGAUGUGACAAUCAACUCAUCCACAGCUUAGCGAAUUUUCAGAGCCGAGAAAUCGCAGACAAAGAAGGAGAAGAAGAAGAACGACGACAAUGGCGUUGUCGCCGAAGAAUGGACCCCCAUCUUCUUCUUUCUCUUCUUCAAACUUGGUGCUGGCAUUGGCGGUGUUCCUUUCGCUCUGCCAUGUUCCGACGUGCGCCGUCGCGGCGGAGCGGGAGUCGCUGCAGUUUGGGCGAGACGGGAAAUUCAAAAUAUUGCAAGUGGCGGAUAUGCACUUUGCGGACGGAAAGACCACGCCUUGCUUGGAUGUUCUUAAAACCCAAUUCCCUUCCUGCUCCGACCUCAACACCUCCGCCUUCCUCGACCGUAUGAUUCUCGCCGAGAAACCCAAUCUCAUCGUUUUUACUGGGGACAAUAUCUUUGGUUUUGAUGCAACUGAUGCGGUAAAAUCUAUGAAUGCUGCAUUUGCUCCGGCAAUAUCAUCAAACAUCCCAUGGGCAGCUAUCCUGGGAAACCAUGACCAAGAAUCCACACUAUCGCGGGAAGAUGUAAUGAAACAUAUUACCAAGAUGAAGAACACAUUGUCCAAAUUGAAUCCUCCUGAGGUGCACAUCAUCGAUGGUUUUGGGAACUAUAACUUGGAGGUGGGUGGAGCUGAGGGCUCAGUGUUGCGAAAUAAAUCAGUUCUAAAUCUCUACUUCCUUGAUAGUGGAGAUUACUCCACUGUUCCCUCCAUUUCUGGUUAUGGCUGGAUCAAACCAUCUCAGCAGCUUUGGUUUGAGCGCACUUCUAUGAGGCUUCGGAGAGAAUAUAAGAGGAAGCCAGAACCUCAAAAAGUUCCUGCACCUGGGCUUGUUUACUUUCACAUCCCAUUGCCUGAAUAUGCAAAUUUUGAUGCAACAAAUUUCACGGGUGUUAAACAGGAAGGCAUUAGCUCUCCUUCUGUAAACUCUGGUUUCUUCACAACCAUGGUCUCAACAGGUGAUGUGAAGGCUGUAUUCACUGGCCAUGAUCACAUAAAUGAUUUCUGUGGUGAGCUGACUGGAAUAAAGCUUUGUUAUGCUGGGGGUUUUGGAUACCAUGCUUAUGGCAAGGCUGGAUGGGCAAGGAGAGCAAGGGUGGUGGUAGCAAGCUUGGAGAAAACAGAGAAUGGAUGGGGAACGGUUAAGUCUAUCAAGACCUGGAAACGUCUUGAUGAUGCAGACCUCACCACAAUUGAAAGUCAAGUUCUCUGGAGCAAGAGAGUCUCCGGUAGCCGCAGAAAGAAACAUAUCCAUGGCGUUUGAAUGCUGGGAAGAAGAAAUAUUUACCUGUGAAUUGGCAACCAACCUUACUUUGACAACCUUUUCAGCAACUAGUUAUGCCAUUGUGCUGCUCCUGAGGACUCUGGUGCAAGUGUUGUAACUUCUUAUAUCUAAUGUUGUAUGGUACAAAAGGAAAAUAAGGUAAUUUAGAGUUAUAUGCAAUAUAUGGUAUGCUCAACGUGAAGCGCAUGCUGCAAAUUUCUUGAAGUUUCUGAGUUGGUAAAGCAAUCCAUGAGAAAGGAGCCAAGAGGCAGUGUAUUUCUGUGUGUACCCUGCCUAAAGUCCAACCUUGCAUGCCACACUGGAGAGGAGGGUGGCAUACCAAAUGGUUAGGUUAAUGGAUUUUUGUAUGAGAUGCUUUAGGUUCUAAAUUUAGAAAUGGGUGGAAGUACUUGUGAUGAGGGAUGGCUAUGCGCAUUUCUAGCUAUCGCAAAGUGCUUACACGACAUGUUUAGUUUGCAGAAUGAAAUGAGAUAGAAAAAGAAUGGAAUGAAAAUUUGAAUGAGGUACGUGAUGAAAUCAAGUGAAAAAUUUAAUCACAAUCCUUCUAAUUCCAUUCCAUUCUAAAAUAAAAAAUGUAUAAUAAAAUAAUAUGUGCAUAUUGCGUAGUC